CAUAGGUGCCUUAAGAGUUAAGACCCAUAAUUUAAUUCUCAAAGCAAAAUAGUUACCAAAUAAAAAACUCCAACUUUCACCUCUCUUUAUAUUUCCUGAUUCUAUCAUUGCUCUACCUCUUUUGGGUUUCCAUUAUUUGCCCUUUUCUUCUUCUUCUGCUUCUUCUGUUGUAUAUAUUUUCUUUAUGAUCUCUUGAGGUUCUCCAAAAGUCCCUUUUUUAUUUGCCGUCAAUCAUGCAAGCAACUCAAGCAGCCACCAAUGGAGUUGCAGAGGUUCCUUCACAGUCACAGGGUGCCCCAAAACAUGUGAAACCCUCCAAUGCAGAAGUUUCAAAUCCAGAACCAGGUGGAAGGCGCUUGCAUCUUUCAGUUCAAAUACCCCCUAAACCUGUAGGUUUAGACACUAGUAGAAGUGGAAAAGGUUAUGUCCACCCCCAAAAUUCAUGUAAAGGGAGUUCAUCUUCAUCCUCUGGUGGUUUGUUGCGAGGUUUAAGUUUCAAGAAAAAAGGUGUUGUACCUGAUAGUGAGAGGAGCUUUCUCAUCAAUUCAGAUCAUACCACAGUUCCAGAAAGUCCUGUUAUGGCCAAUCUCAGGUCAGCUUGGCAAAGGUGCACAUCUCUUCCUGUUACGCCUGCGUCAAAUUUGUCACCUGCAGUUUCCACCCCCAUAUCUGCAAAAAUGCCUAGUGAAUCUCAUAAAGCAAGUAAGGGAGCAGUUCGGGGAGUUGUUUCUAGGUCCCUCUCAAUGUCUGGGCGGAAUAUUGUAAUUGUGCGGUCUUCAUCUUUUGCUACUCGCGAUGAGAAUGACUUGACAAAUCCAAGCGAUGAUAAUUGCAGAACAAUCAAUGGUUAUGUGGUCUUCAAAGAAAAUGCAAGAAACAGUAUGAUGAAGCUCCUAUACAUACCAGUCAUGCACUGGCAUCCUCAACUAUAUACCUCUGUAACUUAUUCUUAUUGGCAAACAGAUCAAAUAUCUUCUGUUCCUGUAGAAGUUGAUGAUGAAGAAAUUCCUGAAGAGGAAGCUGUAUGUAGGAUCUGUCUUGAUGUAUGUGAAGAAGGAAAUACGCUCAAAAUGGAGUGCAGUUGCAAAGGUGCUCUUCAACUUGUACAUGAAGAAUGUGCAAUUAGAUGGUUUACCACAAAAGGAAAUAAGAACUGUGAUGUAUGUGGCCAAGAGGUUAAGAACUUACCUGUAACUUUGCUUCGAGUGACGACCUCUGCCCAAGGCAAUAGCAGACAGGAACAGGGUGGCCAUAUGAGGUCACAGUCAAUAAGUGCAUGGCAGGACUUUGUGGUGCUUGUUUUAAUCAGCACCAUAUGCUACUUCUUUUUCUUGGAGCAAUUAUUGAUUCAUGACAUGAAGACCCGAGCAGUUGUAAUUGCCGCACCAUUUGCGUUUACUUUGGGGCUUUUGUCAUCUAUCUUUGCCGUUAUUUUAGCAAUCAGAGAGUAUAUAUGGACAUUUGCUGCGCUUGAAUUUGCACUUAUAGCCAUUCUUGUGCACUUAUUCUAUAGCAUGCUACAUCUGAAGGCCAUUUAUGCUAUAUUGGUUUCAUCGGUUAUGGGGUUUGGUAUGUCUAUGAGCCUCAACUCAUUGUAUAUUCAAUAUUUUGCUUGGCGAGUUCAGGUUGCCCAGAACCCUAGUCCAGUAUGACUGGUCGCCAAGAGACAAUAUGCAACAUCUAUGAUGUUCAUUUGCAGGUGGAUUUAUGGUGCUCAUAUUUCUUGAUGUAUAUCAAUAAACUUGGAAAGAAACAAAGUAAUGGUGCCAUUAAAAUUUUGUAUGACCAAUGUGUUAUGUGUUAUGAGAUGAGAGAAUCUAUUUCACAAAA